AUGUUUGAAGAUCGUGAUACUGAAAAGUCGCAGACCAAUUACAGAUUGAAGUUGCAGCCUGAGUAUGUACUCAAAAAGUCAUGGUUUAUGCAAAUACCUAAAUUGCCGUAUUGUUCCAUGAGUGGGGCAAUGUUAAGAGUGUGUGAUCCUAGUGGACAAAGACCGCUUUUGGUCAAUUUCGACUCCUCAGGUGCAAUUGUAGUCCGCAAAGCUGACGAUUUGACACUACCAGCAGUUUCAAACCUCGCCGUUUUCUGUAGAUUCGAAGAUUAA